AUGUAUCCUUAUUCACUAUCACCACUUGUUCAGUCACAACAAUCAACAACAUUUAUUGAUCAACAAGCUGAACAACAAUAUUUAACAAAAAUGGAACAAAUUUCAGCUAAUGAAGAAAAUAAAAUACAACACUCUUCUGUUUGUCUUUAUUUAUGUCAAAAUAAUUGUAUGCAACAAUGCAUGCAGCAAAAUGGCUCACUUGAACGAUGCAGUAUAUCAUGCGAUCAUUCAUGUGAUAACAAUCGUGCGUGUGAUGAAUCACAACAACAACUGCUAUUACUACCAGCACCAACAGCAUCAUCAUUCAUCACUACUAUUGUCAUUAUUAACAUCACAACAACAACAUCAACCGCAACAUAUGCACCACUAUCACUUACUCAAAUUCAACAAAUACAGCAACAGAUACCAGAACAGUUAUUACAACAACAACCAAAUUGCACACAACAAACAUCCUGA